AUGGUAAACCACAGCGAAGGCGACGGUGCGCAAACGGGCUCUGCGUCGGCCAUAACCGUCGCCGUUCGCGUGCGGCCUUUCUCUGCCCUGCCAGCAGGUAGUGGGAGGGCGCGAUCUCCGUCUGCCUCUUCACUUCUCCAAGUGCCCACCGAAGCCGAACCAUCAUCCUCCUCUGUCAGAAAGAUUGUGAAUGUCAUUGACGAGCAGGUUCUUGUCUUCGACCCUGCUGACGCGAGUUUCCGCAAACGGCGGCGAACCUACGUUCACGGCGCCCACCGCAACAAAGAAGUUCAGUACGCCUUCGAUCGGGUUUUCGGCGAGUCUGCGAGCCAGGACGAUGUCUACAAAGGAACUGCAAAACCGUUGAUCGAUGGCGUCCUGGACGGUUACAACUCUACGGUUUUCGCUUACGGCGCAACAGGAUGUGGGAAAACCCAUACUAUCACCGGCACACCUGAGGAUCCUGGUAUCAUCUUCUUGACUAUGCGAGAGUUGUUUGCUCGGAUUGAUGAGGCAUCCACUCAGUUGCAUAUUGAAACCAGCGUUUCAUACCUGGAGGUCUACAAUGAGGCCAUAAAAGACUUGCUGAAGCCGACAUCCACCGAGUCGCUGGACCUGCGAGAGGAUGACAGCAAUAGCAGAGUUGUGGUGGCGGGCUUGAGCGAGCACAAGCCAAGAGACGUCGACCACGUGAUGGAUUUGAUGAUAACAGGAAACAACAACAGAACGAAGGCCCCGACGGAAGCCAAUGCUGUGAGCUCGAGGAGCCACGCGGUCCUGCAAAUACAUGUCCGUUUAAAGGACAAAGCGGCCGGGAUAAACAGUACCAUUAAAACCGCGACUUUAAGCAUCAUCGAUCUGGCUGGGAGCGAGCGUGCAUCAGUUACCAAGAAUUCAGGACAGCGGUUAUUGGAGGGAGCAAAUAUCAACAGAUCUCUUUUGGCCCUGGGAAACUGCAUAAACGCAUUAUGCAGCGACCGUCCGAACCACAUUCCAUAUCGAGAUUCGAAAUUAACGCGACUGCUCAAAUACUCACUGGGAGGAAACUGCCGCGUUGUGAUGAUUGCUGCGAUCAGCGCAUCCAGUGUGCAUUAUGAAGAUACCCAUAACACCCUCAAGUACGCCAAUCGCGCAAAAAAUAUCAAAACGAAAGUUGAGCAGAACACCAUUGAUGUGGCCGCCCACAUGGCGCAGUACCCGAAAAUUAUUAGCGAACUGCAGGCGGAAGUUCAAGACUUGCGGGAUCAACUACUCGGACGGCAGGAGCAGGACUUACUGCAUGAGAAACUUGGAGGCAGGCAACCGCCAAAGUGCGGAAGAUAUUCUCAAAGCUGGAAUCGAAAGAAGACGAAAAAGCCGAUGGGCUUGCCGAGGUCGAUAAGAAUGAGCGAAGAUUAG